GUCCCGGGCCUCGCCGCCGAGCAGGCCGGGAGCGGCCCUGGCCACACCCAGCCCGGGCGGAGGAGCAUUUCCCCUUCUGGAUGAAUCAUCGUCCGCAGCUGCCGCUCCCGCAGUCCGGUUGCAGCGCGCCCGGGCCCUGCCAGCGCCUCUGACCUGCGCAGAAAGCCGAGACGCCCCCAUCCUCGCUCCUCUCUCAGCCCGGGACCAGCACCAUGGCGGGAAUCGCGGCCAAACUGGUGAAGGACCGGGAGGCGGCCGAGGGGCUGGGCUCGCACGAGAAAGCCAUCAAGUACCUCAACCAGGACUACGAGGCGCUGCGGGACGAGUGCCUGGAAGCCGGCACGCUCUUUCAGGACCCCUCCUUCCCGGCCAUCCCUAAUUGCCUGGGCUUCAAGGAGUUGGGCCCCUACUCCAGCAAAACGCAGGGCAUCGAGUGGAAGAGGCCCACGGAGAUCUGUGAUGACCCCCAGUUUAUUGUUGGAGGAGCCACCCGCACAGACAUCUGCCAAGGAGCCCUGGGUGACUGCUGGCUGCUGGCAGCCAUUGCCUCCCUCACCCUGAAUGAAGAAGUCCUGGGUCGAGUUGUUCCCUUAAACCAGAGCUUCCAGGAAAAUUAUGCAGGGAUCUUCCGCUUCCAGUUCUGGCAGUACGGCGAGUGGGUGGAGGUAGUAGUGGAUGACAGGCUGCCCACCAAGGAUGGAGAGCUGCUCUUUGUACAUUCGGCAGAGGGGAGUGAGUUCUGGAGCGCCCUGCUGGAGAAGGCCUAUGCCAAGAUCAAUGGCUGUUACGAAGCGCUCUCUGGGGGUGCCACCACUGAGGGUUUCGAGGACUUCACUGGAGGCAUCGCUGAAUGGUAUGAGCUGAGGAAGGCCCCUCCCAACCUGUUCAAGAUCAUCCAGAAGGCUCUGCAGAAAGGUUCCCUGCUUGGCUGCUCCAUUGAUAUCACCAGCGCUGCGGACUCCGAGGCCGUCACGUUCCAGAAGCUGGUGAAGGGACACGCGUACUCCGUCACCGGAGCCGAGGAGGUUGAAAGUAGAGGAAGCUUGCAGAAACUGAUCCGCAUCCGAAAUCCCUGGGGAGAAGUGGAGUGGACUGGGAAAUGGAGUGACAACUGCCCAAACUGGAAUACUAUAGACCCAGAGGACAGAGAAAGGCUGACCAAUCGGCGUGAAGAUGGAGAAUUCUGGAUGUCUUUCAGCGACUUCCUGAGGCACUAUUCCCGCCUGGAGAUCUGCAACCUGACCCCCGACACUCUCACCAGUGAUUCCUACAAGAAGUGGAAACUCACCAAGAAGGACGGGAACUGGAGGCGGGGGUCAACCGCAGGAGGCUGCAGGAACUACCCAAAUACUUUCUGGAUGAACCCGCAGUACCUGAUCAAGCUGGAGGAGGAGGACGAGGACCAGGAAGAUGGGGAGAGCGGCUGCACCUUCCUGGUGGGCCUCAUCCAGAAGCACCGGCGGCGGCAGAGGAAGAUGGGCGAGGACAUGCACACCAUUGGCUUUGGCAUCUACGAGGUUCCGGAGGAGUUCGCGGGGCAGACCAAUAUCCACCUCAGCAAAAACUUCUUCCUGACGCACAGAGCACGGGAGCGGUCAGAUACCUUCAUCAACCUCCGGGAGGUGCUCAACCGCUUCAAGCUGCCUGCGGGCGAGUACAUCCUCGUGCCUUCCACUUUCGAGCCCAACAAGGAUGGGGAUUUCUGCAUCCGGAUCUUUUCCGAAAAGAAAGCUGACUACGAGGUUGUCGAUGAUGAAAUUGAGGCCAACCUUGAAGAGAUUGACAUCAGUGAGGAUGACAUCGAUGAUGGAUUCAGAAGGCUGUUUGCCCAGUUGGCAGGAGAGGAUGCAGAGAUUUCUGCCUUUGAGUUGCAGACCAUCCUGAGAAGAGUUCUAGCAAAGCGCCAAGAUAUCAAGUCAGAUGGCUUCAGCAUUGAGACUUGCAAAAUCAUGGUCGACAUGCUGGAUUCAGACGGGAGUGGUAAGUUGGGGCUGAAGGAGUUCUACAUUCUCUGGACCAAGAUUCAAAAAUACCAAAAAAUUUACCGGGAAAUUGAUGUUGAUAGGUCUGGUACCAUGAAUUCCUAUGAGAUGCGGAAAGCACUAGAAGAAGCAGGUUUCAAACUGCCCUGUCAGCUCCACCAAGUCAUCGUUGCUCGGUUUGCAGAUGACGAGCUCAUCAUCGAUUUUGAUAAUUUUGUUCGGUGCUUAGUUCGACUGGAAACACUGUUCAAGAUAUUUAAGCAGCUGGAUCCCGAGAAUACUGGAACAAUAGAGCUCGACCUUAUCUCUUGGCUCUGUUUUUCAGUACUUUGAAGUUACAACUAAUCUGCCUGAAGACUUCUCAUGAAAGAAAAUCAGCCAAGGACUAAGUUUCCACAGAGAAACACUUUUUAUCUGGAUCACGAAAUUAUGGGAACAUUUACUUAAACUGAUGAUUAUAGCUGAAACUAAUACUACUAUCUGACAUAAAGAACUUUCAGAUAUUGAAGUAAAAGAUUUGCAUAUCAUAUAAUAAUGCAAAAGUGAGUCACUAAACCCUUGAUAAAUUCAAAGAAAGUUUUCAGUCUGUAAAUAGUAUACAUUUUUUACUUUCACACACUUUCCUGUUUAUAGAAAUAUUAAAUCAGGAAAAAUGCAGGGAGGUAUUUAACAGCUGAGCAAACAUUAAGUCAACCUCAAAGGACAGUAGGCCCUUGCUGAUGAGAUACAAAGCAAGUGCAAGCUUAAAAAUGCAGCUGUGGCAUCUACCAGACAGCAGCCCAGGAAUUAUUAUUUCCCUUGAGCAAAAUGGGAAAUAUGUAUCAUGGAAUAAUUUUGUCAAGAUGAGACAAAAUUUGCCAUCAUUUGGGAUAAACAAAAGACAGGGUUUAUAUAUUAUCAAUUGGCAACAGUAAAAUGUUCUUAAACUCAAGUCCUUGAACUUAUCUGGCCUUAUACAUUUAGUAUUAUCAAUACUGAAGGGAUUCUGUCUUGAUCAAACGAAGCAGUACACCAAAACCAGGCAUUCAGUUUGCAAACCAAUUGUGAUGGACAAAACAAGCUUUUUGCUGCCUCAAAACUUUCCCAACUUCACCAUGUCUAGCGUUUGUGCAUGGAGUUAGGGAGAUACCACAGAGGAGUUCUUGGGAAAACAGCACAAGGUGUUUCCUGGCUCUUUACCUUGGGAAAAUGCUAGCAAAACUAUAAAAAUAUUGCCUUGUUGCCUUAUCUUCUUCCAAAUGUACUGUUAAAUAAAUAGCCUUGUGCAAUCACA